AUGAAAAUCUACGCAUUUUGCUCAUCAUUAUUGCAACGUAUUCAUGCUCAACGUCUUCGAGAUAAUCAUAAUAAACAAAUGGUAUACAUUAGAGAAAAAUUGACCAUUUGGUUCAUUUAUAUUUUGGUAAUAUUCGUAUCUCGAUGUCCGAACCGAGUGUACAAUGCAUUGGAAGGUCCAUUUCCAAUGAAUUUAAAUAAAUUUAGAAAUCAUUUACAAUUCAGUUAUAAUCUAUUUGGAUAUCAACCUUUUUUUACAUCGCGUUUGGUUGUGUUUGAACCUGAGUAUAUUCAAAUUGAACUGGGUAGAAAUGCAAUUGAUGAAAGCAUCGAAAAUAGAUAUCGAGUUUUCUAUGAUGAUUAUUCACAUGGAAAAUUGUUAUACACAUUCAAUCGUGUUCUAGAACCAACCACUGAUACACCACAUAUGACAUUGUUUAUUAAAUUUGCCUCAUCUGAACAAUCUUAUUCUCAAAUACGCUAUCCAUAUCAUUUUGAAUCGUUUACCACAAAUACAGUGCGAUGCAUUGUCAACAGCUUGGCAUUUUGUCGUCAGAAUUCAUGCGGUGGCUUGAAAAAUCGAUAUACAUCGAAACCAUUGAACAAAUCUAUAAUCGAAAUUCAACAGAAUUCAAUAGAAAAGUGA